CACGUGGACGAAUGCAGCCCACAAGCUCGCGCUCCUUCCAAUGCCUAGACUCAUACACUGGUUCCAACAGCUGCCUAAAUUUUUUGAGGAAGAAUUGAAAUUGUCCAAGUGAGAAACAGCACCGCAAUGAGCUCCGUUCUCUCUAAAGUUGCCGUUGUAGGAAGUGGAAUUUCUGGAGCCGCUUGCGCAUGGAGUUUGGCCAGAAAUGGGGUCUCCGUCACCUUGUUCGAGUCUGGCAGAGGCCCCGGUGGAAGAAUGUCCCAACGGAGAGAAAUUGCAGAAGAUGGGAGAGAAUUGCAUUUCGACCAUGGUGCCCCGUACUUUACUGUCAGCUCCCAGGAAGUAUUGAGUCUCGUUCGUCAGUGGGAAUCCAAAAAUCUUUGUGCUGAAUGGAAAGAGAGUUUUGGCAUUUUUGAUUGCUUUUCCAAUCAAUUUACCAGCACAGAACAGGAAGGCGCAAGUGGCAGAUAUGUGGGUACUCCGGGCAUGAAUUCUAUUUGCAAAGCAUUAUGCCAUGAACCUGGUGUUGAGAGUAAGUUUGGGGUAAAUGUUGGGAGAAUGGAAUGGUUGGAGAAGGAUAAUUCAUGGUUGUUGUUGGGAAUUGAUGGACAAAGUCUGGGUCAGUUUGAGGGUAUUGUUGCAUCAGACAAAAACAUAGUUUCACCAAGGUCUACCAGUGUAUCAGGACGAGUGCCACCUCUAGAUCUUAGUUUGGUUCCAGAUUUGGCAAUUAAGCUGCAGAACAUUCCUGUUAUUCCGUGUUUUGCUCUGAUGCUUGCAUUUGAACAGCCUCUCUCUAUGAUGCCCUUCAAAGGUUUCUCGAUAAAGAAUUCUAAAGUUCUAAGCUGGGCUUACUGUGACAGCAGCAAGCCAGGGCGUUCGACUGCUUGUGAAAGAUGGAUCUUGCAUUCGACGAAGGAGUACGCAGAGAGAGUAAUUGCUGAAUAUGGGCUUCAGAAACCUUCAGAUUCCACAUUGAAAAAAGUGGCCGAAGAACUCUAUCAAGAAUUACAAAGCUUGGGACUUUGCACGCCCCGUCCAUUCUUUAUGAAAGCUCAUAGAUGGGGGAGUGCUUUUCCAGCUGCAAGCAUAGCCGGAGAGGAAAAGUGCUUUUGGGAUGAAAGCAAGCGGGUAGCCAUCUGUGGAGAUUUCUGUGUAAGCCCUAACAUUGAAGGGGCCAUUCUUAGUGGCUUGGCUGCCGCUUCUAAAUUCCAAAAGAUUGUUAGCUCUUUGUAGCUGGAAUCUUUUGGAAUGAGUGCUUAAAAUUCCAACAGCGUUUCUAAUCUUUUUUAAUAGAAAAUUUAACUAUACAUUUUUCUGAAGGUAGUUCUAGAGUGAAAUUAUAGAUUGUCUUAUGCAUUUACUUACCUAUUGGUAAUCAUGAUUCUAGCCGAAGGCCGUGAACUUAUUUUCAUGAAUUACAAAUCGAAUAAGUAUUAUUCCAAUUUUCGUUGGAAUUAAUGUAA